AUGGACGAAGAAGACUGUACUAUUUUCAUUGAAGAACUCAAAAGUGAUGAUCCCAAUCUCAAACUCAAUGCUGUAUCCAAAAUUGUAUCAAUUGCACAAAUCCUUGGACCUUCAAGAACUUGUUAAGAACUCAUUCCUUAUUUAAUUGAUAUCAUAGAAGAAUAAGACAAUGAAGAUGAAUUUCUUAUCAAAUUAGCUAAAGAAUUAGUCAAUCUUAAACCAUUUACAGGUGCUAAUGUUCAUUUACUUAAUGCACCACUAGAAAUUCUAAGUUCCAUGGAAGAGCCAUUAGUAAGAGAUAAAGCAGUUGAAUCCUUAAUCUUGCUUGCAGAAGGAAUGCCAAACAGUAAUUUCUAUCUGAUAUAUAAUUUUUAGGUUUUUUUGAAAAUCACUUUUUUUAAAUUGUCCAAUAAUUAGGUCAAUGGGACAACUUUCCAUCCAGAAUAUCUGCAGCCAGUCUCCUUCCACUUACUUACAAACAUGUCUCAUUAGAAAAAUAAAAUACUCUUUGGGACUUAUUCAAAUAAUUAUGUGGAGAUGAUACUCCAAUGGUCAGAAGAGUUUGUGCAGGAGUUUUGUCUGAUCUUGCAAAAAUGAAAUGCUAACCAUAAUAAUUAUUAUAAUUAUGGGAGGCACUUCUCAAAGAUCCUAUUGAUAGUGUUAAAAUUAAAGCAAUAGAAGGCUCAUAAUAUAUGCUUAAAUUAAUUGAUGAUGAACAUGAUUUAGAAACUUAACUUCAAGGAUACUUUGCACUAGCUGAUCCUAAAGAAAAAAGCUGGCGUGUUAGAUACACUGUUCCAGAAUGUCUAGAAAGCAUAAUUGACAUCAUUGUUAAACUAAGUAAUNCACUUAUAUGA